AUGGUGAAUGUUCCAAAGCUCCGCAAUACCUUCUGCAAGGGGCCCAAGUGCCGCAAGCACCAGCCCCACAAGGUGUCGCAGUACAAGAAGGGAAAGGACUCCCUUGUCGUGCAGGGGAAACGCCGUUACGAUCGCAAGCAGAAGGGUUUUGGUGGUCAGACGAAGCCCAUUUUUAGGAAGAAGGCGAAGACCACCAAGAAGAUCGUCCUCAAGCUUGAGUGCACGAAAUGCAAAACCAAGCGUCUGUUGCCCAUCAAGCGAUGCAAGAGCUUCGAGCUCGGAGCGGAGAAGAAGAGCAAGGGAGGACCCGGUUAUUAA